UGAGUGUGCAAGCACUUGACUCACGUUGUUCUUUCUGAUGGUUUCUGCCUCUUUUCUGCACGGAUGGACCAGCUGUGGCACAAGAGUCCUUUACUCUUUUAGACUGUGUUCCAUUUCUUCUUACAUCCUUCAGUAGUUUACCACAGUUGUAGCUGAAAUGUCUUAUGACAUCUGUAUGUCCUCUGAAGUUUUCAUCACCACUGGGCUCUAUUUGAUAUGUAUAUUAUUCUUAGGUUUCUUUUAAAGACUGUGUUUGGUUACAUUAUUAGCAAUCUUUGUCUUCCCUCUGUUUGGAAAUAAUGGUUUGUGGUUUGGUAUGUUUGGACAUAGUUCUCCAGCUCCCCCUUUUCAACUGUUUCUUGUGUGAAAUGGCCUAGUUCCUUUUCUUUUUUAUGUGAUUUGACAUUCUUCAUAACAUUUAUAUUAAUUCUAGGUUGAUGUUUUGAUACCUUGAUGCAAGUUAUCAACAAGAAUUCUGGUCUUUCAUACUACAACAGAAACAGAGAGAAGAGUUAUCAGAGAGAAUGGCUGUAUCUCAGGGUCUGUUGACAUUCAGAGAUGUGGCUGUGGACUUUUCUCAGGAGGAAUGGGAAUGUCUGGAGUCCUCCUGGAGGGCCUUUUGCAUUGAUGUGAUGAUGGAGAAUUAUAGCAAUCUGGUUUUUGUAGAAAAAUAUCAGUGUGGUGAACGUGUCAAAGUCUUGAGUAGCCAAGAGAAGUCACAUAAAUGUAAUGGGAUUGGGAAAACGGCUGAUAAAAUUGUCCAGUGUACACCUUAUAACACAAGUGAUCUUACAAAGAACUGCAACCAGUAUGGCUGUUGUGACCAGAGGGAAGCCUCUGCCUGUUCUACAGUCCUAAAGAGUGACGAACGUGGGAAUACUGGUGAAGAACUUCUCAAGUAUAAAGACUGUAAGAAAUGGUUAAAAGUGUGUUCCGUCAUUAGUCAAAGAAGUCACACUAGAGAGGAACAACACAAAAUUACAGACUGUGGUAAAUCAUCUGACUCUAAAACACACCAAUGCAAAAACUGUGGAAAAUGCUUCGUGUCAUAUUUGAGUUUCAGCAGACGUGAUGGACAUUCUGGAAAGAAGUGCUAUCAAUGUACAGAAUGUGGUGAGUGUCAGGAUAAAAGCCACUGUAAAACCCACCGUGGAGAGGGACCUUACAAAUGUAGUGAAUGUGGAAAAUGUUUUAUUCAGAAAAGCAAACUUGGGGCACAUCAGAGAGUAUGUAUGAAACAAAAAACUUACAAAUGCAAUACAUGUGAGAAAUCUUUUAAAUGUGCCUAUCAUCUCCAAGCGCAUGAGAGAAUCCACACAGGAGAGAAGCUUUACAAGUGCAGUGAAUGUGAGAAAUGCUUUAUGUUUGCUUCUCAUUUUAAAGUACAUCAGAGAAGCCAUACAGGAGAGACACCUUACAAAUGCAGUGAGUGCCAGAAAUCCUUUACACAGGCUUCAAAUCUUAGGAAACAUCAGCUCGCUCAUACAAGGCAGAAAGUUUGCAAGUGUAGUGUUUGUGAGAAAUCCUUCACAUGUGUCUCACAUCGUAGACAACAUCGGUUAAUUCACAGAGGAGAGAAAGGUUUCAAAUGCAGGGAUUGUGAUAAAUCCUUUACACAUGCCUGUUUUCUUAGAGUCCAUCAGAGAGUUCACACGGGGGAGAGACCUUACAAAUGUAGUGAAUGUGACAAAUCCUUUGUGAGCAUCUCUAAUCUUAGACAUCAUCAGAAAACUCAUACAGAACAUCAACCUUACAAAUGCAGUGAAUGUGACAAAUCCUUCAAAUGUGCCUCUUACUUUAGAGUUCAUCAGAGAAUUCACACGGGACACAAACCUUACAAAUGUAAUGAAUGCGAGAAAUCCUUCACACAGUGUUCAAAUCUUACACAACAUCAGAGAAUCCAUGCAGGAAAGAAACCUCAUCAAUGUAGCGAAUGUGAGAAAGCUUUUACACGUUCUUCUCAUCUUAAAAGACAUCAGAAAAUCCACACGAGAGAGAAACCUUAGAAAUGCAGAGAAUGUGAAAUAGGUUUUACUGAGUGUUUAAAUCUUAUAAAACAUCAGAGAAUACAUAAAGGAGAGAAAAAUGUUAAUGUAAUGAAUUUGGCUGAGUCUCUAUCUGCAUUUCACUUGUAAGAAUACUUGAAAAAAAUCAUACUGGAGAAAAAAGUUUACAUAGUAAAUAAUGUGACAUAUAGCUUAAUCCAAAAGUCUGUUCUCAGAGAUCACUGCACAUCCAAUCCAUACAAGAGAAACUUUAUGACAUCUGAAAUUUCUGAAAGACUUCAAGUGUAGAAAUGUUAUUGGCAGUUUAUCCUAAGGAAAAAUUCUGAUAAUGUGACCAGGUAAGAAAUUUUCAAUAAGGUAUUUUACUUUAUCAACCUCAAAUUUACAUAACAAUGAAAAAUCAAGAUGCCUUUGAAUAUGUGCUUUGGUGCACCAGUUCCUUGGAUGCUGAAAUGGUGUGGGAGAAUUGUCAGUAUUCUGUCAAUCAUAUUUUAAUAAAACGCUGAUUGGCCAGGCAGGCAGUAUAGGC